AUGCCCAGUGCCACAGGGUCAAGCUGGGAGAAGUACCAGAAGAACUAUGCCGACGACGAAGAGCCAGAGAAGAAGAUCACACCCCUAACAGAAGAGGACAUUCAGGUUCUGAGGACAUACGGAGCCGCACCCUAUGCGUCGGCGUUGAAGAAGCUCGAGAAGCAGAUCAAGGAGAAACAACAGAGCGUCAAUGAGAAGAUCGGCGUGAAGGAGUCCGAUACCGGCCUCGCCCCUCCGCAUCUUUGGGACGUUGCUGCCGAUCGCCAACGCAUGUCAGAAGAACAACCCUUGCAAGUCGCGCGGUGUACAAAGAUCAUCCAAGACGAGAAGGAUCCUGACAAACCCAAAUAUGUCAUCAACGUUAAGCAGAUUGCAAAGUUUGUUGUCAACUUGGGAGAACGAGUCAGUCCUACGGACAUCGAGGAGGGAAUGCGUGUUGGCGUGGAUCGACAGAAAUAUUCCAUCAUGCUCCCGUUGCCACCCAAGAUUGACCCGAGUGUCACGAUGAUGACGGUCGAGGAUAAACCUGAUGUUACGUACGGAGAUGUCGGCGGUUGCAAAGAACAGAUUGAAAAGCUCCGUGAGGUGGUUGAGAUGCCGCUUCUGUCGCCAGAACGAUUCGUCAGCCUUGGAAUCGACCCCCCCAAAGGCGCAUUGCUAUAUGGACCCCCGGGUACCGGGAAGACACUGUGUGCCCGAGCAGUUGCUAACCGGACCGACGCAACAUUCAUCAGAGUCAUCGGAUCCGAGUUGGUCCAAAAAUACGUGGGUGAGGGUGCGAGGAUGGUUCGCGAGCUGUUUGAGAUGGCCCGGACGAAGAAGGCUUGCAUCAUCUUUUUCGACGAGAUCGAUGCUAUUGGUGGUGCUCGAUUUGACGACGGAGCGGGCGGCGACAACGAGGUCCAAAGAACCAUGUUGGAGCUCAUCACUCAGCUGGACGGUUUCGAUUCGAGAGGGAAUAUCAAGGUGAUGUUUGCCACCAAUCGACCUUCUACUCUGGAUCCUGCCUUGAUGCGGCCGGGCCGAAUUGACCGGAAAAUCGAAUUCUCCCUGCCCGAUCUCGAUGGACGAGCCAACAUUCUCCGCAUUCACGCCAAGAGCAUGUCCGUCGAGCGCGACAUCAGGUGGGAGCUGAUCUCUAGACUCUGUCCCAAUGCUACCGGAGCCGAACUACGCAGUGUUGCGACAGAAGCGGGAAUGUUCGCGAUCCGAAGUCGGCGCAAAGUGGCGACCGAGAAAGACUUCCUCGCUGCGGUCGACAAGGUGAUCAAAGGCAAUCUCAAGUGGAACAGCACGAGCGCGUACGCACAAUACAACUAA